GAGAAGCAGCUCCUGGGACAGAGAGGGAGAAGUGAGAGUGAGAGGCAGAAACGGGUGAAAGCCGGCCAGGCCAAACACACUGACCCCGCUGUCUCCUAGGGUGGACUUAAAGGACCCUCUGUUCCCCUUCUGUCCUCCUCCUGUGCAGCACCACCAUCACCCUCAUCAGCCUAACCCCGCGCUCCUCCUCGCUCCUUUUCCUGUGCCCGACUCUCGCCGAUGCCGAGGCGUAAGUCGGAGUCGUGUAGGAGGUGGAGUUAAAGCGACGCCAUGGAGCAGGCCUGCCGCAAGGACAGACCAAAGCUGAACUCGACCCCGACCAGAGGAGACAGAGCCAAGCAGAAGUCUGCACAGCAGGAGGCCAAACAGCGACAGAGAGCAGAGAUAUAUGCUUUGAACAAGGUGAUGACAGAGUUGGAGCAGCAGCAGUUUGAGGCCUUUUGCAAACAGAUGCAGUCGCAAGGAGAAUAACAGCAGUAGCUCCGCUUCCACCUUCCACGAGGAUCAGUUUCUGUUAUUCUACCCAAAUUGAACUUUGCAUCAAAAUGAUGGUUGAAUAACCAAAAAUAAUAAAUAUUUUUGUUUUUGGA